AAUCAAAAUUAAUUACAAAUUGAAACCGGGGACAAAAUUUCGUCGAAAUCAAAAUGCCGAUGGUAUCAAGAGACAUUGAAAAUAAAUAAGAUAAUUUAUGUAUGAACGAUCACUAGAUGCUCAUGUUGAAGAAUAAAAACAGUGGAGUUGUAAGAGUCUUUCACGGUGGUUCAACUUGUAAAUAUCGUUGAUCAUCAUGGCUUCAAGAAAUUGUCGAGUGUAUUUUAUAUGGUGUUUACUCGCUUAUUUAGUGAUCUUGUUAUACUAUAUAGGCGAAACAUUUUUUAGCGAACAUUUCAAAAUAAAUAAACAAACUAAAACUUUACUGGCAUUUACAAUAAAAUUGAAUAAAAAUGGCGACAGACACACUCAAGUAUUGGAUAACGCAGGUGACGAAAACCUUCGCUUUUCCUCGCAUGAUCGUAUUAAAGAUAUCGCACUUGCUAAAGAAAAUGUUCUUUCCAGUAAUGAACUUAUAUUUAUAAAUAAAAAAGAAUUUAAUAACGGACUGGUGCAACUCGAUAAAACAAAAAUAAAACAAACCAACAAGAAAAAUAUUGUUUACGAAACACAUCAAGAAGUGUACAGCAACAAGGAAAAAGUUAAAAUGCAUGACUCAACGAAAUAUAUUUUCUCUUUGCGGUAUUACGAACAACUAAGCAUGGCGACAAAAAAUUUGUUGUCAUUAGCGUCACUGGGCACGUCCACUGGCCGCCAUGUUGUAACACCAUUUGUUAAUAACUCAAGGUUUUGCGGAUUACGUUCUGGUACAUCAAUGUCCAGGCUAAUGGGAGCUCGGAAUAACAGUACUGAUGAUGUCAGCAAAUUUAGCAACAUGAGCACGUAUUUUAAUAUGAAUCAUUUUAAUAAUCAACUCUUAGAUCAUGGCUAUAACUCGCUUGUCUCGUUUAACCAAUUUAAAGCAGACUGUCCCCGCCUUGAUACUGUCGUUCAUUUUUUAUAUGAAGAAGAAUCAUCAACUAAAGACAUGGAGAAAUGGUACAAACUACCAAGACACAGAAUCGAUGAAAUAAAGGGUAGAGUGAAAAGAAAUGGUGGUAUAGACGAAUGCAAAUUUGUGCAAAAGUCAAAGAUCAGUCGCUUUCUUGGAAAUAUUGAAGUAAAGAGAUAUAUCUGUGUCGACCCUGAUGUUAUUAAAACAGCACAAGCGUUAGAGGAGAAGGUAUUCAAAAACUCUCAAUGCGUCGGUAUCAUUAUAUGGAAGGGAAUUGGUCCCAAGAGAGCACACUUCUCCUUGGCUCCUUCCAUCAGCAAAGCACUUCGUCCUUCAGACCUAAAACACAGUAAAAGGUUGAUCGACAUAGCCUAUUCAUAUAUACGAGAAAUUAUUAAAAGACCAUUUAUUUCUGUACACGUCCGUAGCGAACGCCACUUAAUUCGUCGAGGCUUGAAAGCUGCAAAAGUUUGUAUAAAAAAACUUCAGAAACAAAUUUUGACCAGAAAGUCAACUUUUAAUUUGAAAAAGGUUUUCUUGGCGAGUGAUUUGGUUCAUGGUUCAGACACGUUACUCAUGCAUUCAAAAGAAGAUGAGAGAAAAAAAUUGAAGAAGGAGUUAAACUUGACAUUAGAUAAUCCAUAUACCUUCAAUCCUGCUCAAUAUGAUUUGUAUGAUCGAGGCGAAAUUGCUAUAGUAGAGAUGCAUAUACUGAGCAUGGGGGAGUCGUUGUUCACCCUUGGGCGUGGUAAUUUUAAUGAAUGGAUAGUUGACCUCUUUUUGUUACAUAACGCUGAAGAUAAAUCAUUAAUUUAUAAAGUAUGCAAUGUAAUAAAUUAAAAAUAUGCUGCUUGUAAAUAUUGACUACUAGCUUUGGUUCCGGACUGCCUGAAUGUAAUAAAAAAUAGAAAAAAAGUCUGGAAUUAAGGUUGCUUAGAACUAUAUGACAGGUAUAUUUAUUAGAAUUUAGAAUUACCAUAAUUUAUUAUUUUUUCUGACUAUAAACUUUACUUGUAAACUAUCUCUGUUUUUGCCAGAGAAUAGAGGAAAAUACAAAGUAUUACAUAAAUCUUGUUCACGCGUCAUAAAUUCGACAAUCUAUCCUUUUAUUAUGAGUGCAGCACUUAAUAAAUACACGAUUUUUUACGUUUAAUUUAUUUUUUUGACAAACAUUUAAAAGUAAAAGAUAA